AUGGCGGCGAAAGCGCCGGUGGCGUACCCGCGGGCGCUGCGCGGAUCGUUCAGGGGCGAGUGGUGGCUGGACGGCGCGAGCGCGAGCGCGGCGACGACGCUCACGCGGGACGGUUGGCGACGGGGGACGUGCGCGCUGACGCUGCGGACGACGUUCGACGCCGAUGCGCGCGUGCACGGCGUCGUCGCGGACGCGACGUUUCGCGAGAGCGAGUACAUAGGAAAGGGAGACGCGCACGUGCCGCUGGAGGGGGUGUACGCGGAGACGACGGGGGGGCUGUACGCGCACGGCGCGGCGAAGACGACGAAGGACAUGUUGAGCGCGAGAAACGCCAGCGAUCGGGGGACGUGGCGGGAGAUGAGCGCGUACAGAGCGAGCGUGCGGGCGGUGGCGAAUGAUAUUUUAGAGGGAAUGGUGGGAGGCUCAGAAACGGCGGAGGGACGGAACCCCGCGCUCGGGGCGCGGGAUUCGUACCGUCGCGAUUCGGGAGUGGCGCGCGCGGGGAAAAGCGCGAGGGCGAUGUUCGUCGGUGCGCACGACGCGGGGGUGUACCCGAUGGUGUGUCAGUUUAAGUUACACGCGUACGUCACGCCGGGGUCGUAUUCGCUAGCGGAUACAACGCAAAAGAGAGACGCGACAGCGUUCGACGACGUCGACGUAUUGGAGGCGCAGGUGGAAGACAUGCGACCACUCGAGUUCGCGGACAUGGCCGAGAAGACGUCCCUCGUUGGGAAAUUCGUCAGCGAAAACUGUGGGUUGACCGUGCACGUCGCGUUAGAAAGUCAAAAGCUCGAGCAUUG